CAUGGCCAUUCUGGCUCAAACCAGUUGGCUGAAAGCCUGCGCCUCAGCCCGUUCCUAUGUUGAAGUGUCCCAAGCGUGCGCACCCGAAGUCCUGGCGACAUCCAUCGGGUGAUGCGGCUCAGACAGUGGAGGCCUUGGCUCUAGUGAUCGGCACAGCGAUCGCGACGAUCAUCAGCCAGGGCGAGAACUUCUACGAAUCAGUCGACAUGAAGGUCGGCAGGAACCCAGAGAAGAUCUUGAUGUACAAGGAGCUUCUGAUGGGAUUGUUCACCCUUGACCCGAGGGGCGGGCACUUUUUGCAGGGCGACGUCGAGCAGAGCGUCGAGAAGGCAGUGACCGACGCGUCCCUGAUGGAUGGCUUCGGGCGACUGGCUGCUGCAGCUGGCAGAUCGAUCGACGAGAUGCGCAAUAUGAUCGCCUACAAGAUCAGGGUCAUGUGCUCCCAUGCGCGGGAGAUGGCGUCCAACUGCGACGAUGCGUCGCCUUUGAAGGACUUGUACGACAUGGUGUGCUCUCCUGGCCUUGGUGGCCAAUGGCCUAUUCAGCGUGCCUCCGCCAGCACUUCCAUCUUCCCGAACCUCCAGAAGACCGCCGACCGCGAUGACGGGAUCGGGGGCGAGGAGGCAUCUGAUGGCGAAUAUUCGGGUGAGAAGACGAUGGUUUCGGCGUACUUCGACGGCUACCAGUGGGCUGGGCUGAAGUUGUUCAGCGAUGGGAGCGUCGAGAAAGCUUCGUACUACAGGAAGGGCGACAACGGCAUGGCGAUCGCAGUUUGGGCCGACGAGUUCAAGCUGGAGCUGGAGGUGCCGAAUGUGUGCGUGAGCGAGCUCGGCGAGCUUGAGAAGUACAUUCCUCCUGGCGGCGCAGCUGGGCGUGGACGAGGGCGUGGGCUGCUGAAGCGCCCAGCCGCAGCAAUGAGGAGACCAGCGAGUGCGAAGAGGAAGCCCGCUGCAGCCCCUCAUCGCCCCGGUGAGGGCGGCGGCGCUGCAGCCGAGGGUCCUCCCGAAGGCGGCGUUGCUGGCGCCGUCGAUCUCCCUGGCGAUGACGACGAGAUCGAGGAUGCAGAGGAUGACCAGGGCGACAAGGAGCCAUGCGACGAGGACGAGGUCGAGUCCGACGUGAAGCUCCAGGUCUGCAGCGGCCACAAUACUACAAUGGUCGUAUUCUUAAUCGAUUUGGUCAAGAAGGGCAAGAAGAUGCAGGUCCUCUCGGUAACCACGAGCAAGUGCGCUGGUUCGACGCUCUCUCCUCGCGAGGUGUGUGAGCGCGUCGUCGGGGAGCAGGCGUGGCUCUUGAACGAUAUCGCCUCCCCGAUUUGCGAGAUGGGCAAGGAUAAGAUCAACGGCCUUCGCGAGAAGUUGAGGGUCUUAGCCUCAGAUGUCAUCGAGGCGCAUCCUGAGGUGGCCGACUAGGCAAGCAAUCAAUUAAAUAAAGCAGCAGUGCCCUCCUCAUCCACAUCUCCCUCCUCCUCCUCCUCAGCAGUGCUUGCGAGUUUCGCGAUCCGUGGCAGUGGGCAGGCAGGCGCCCGAAAAG